UGGCUCGCAAACCCGGACGUAACCAACGCCUAGUCGCCGGAGAGGAACGAUGCAGACUAUAAAGUGUGUGGUUGUAGGGGAUGGUGCAGUGGGGAAGACUUGUCUUCUGAUAUCAUACACGACCAACAAAUUCCCCUCGGAAUACGUUCCCACGGUCUUUGAUAACUAUGCUGUUACAGUCAUGAUCGGAGGGGAGCCCUACACCCUCGGGCUUUUCGACACAGCAGGUCAGGAAGAUUACGACAGACUGCGACCCCUCAGUUACCCUCAGACAGACGUCUUUCUCGUCUGUUUCUCAGUCGUGUCUCCCUCCUCCUUCGAGAACGUAAAAGAAAAGUGGGUGCCGGAGAUCUCUCACCACUGUCCCCGAACGCCCUUCCUCCUGGUGGGGACGCAGGUGGAUCUGAGAGACGACAGCAACACCGUGGAGAAGCUGGCCAAGAACAAGCAGCGGCCCAUCACGCCCGAGAGCGGGGACAAGCUCGCCCGAGACCUCCGAGCGGUCAAAUACGUCGAGUGCUCCGCCUUGACGCAGAGAGGACUGAAGAAUGUCUUUGAUGAGGCUAUCCUGGCUGCACUUGAACCUCCCGAGACGAAACCCAAGAAACGUUGCGUGCUGUUGUAGAGGAGAGCGGCGGGCGGGCGAGAGAAAGAGAGAGAGAGGGGGAGAAAGAGCGCGACGGAUGGACGGACCGACGCACACUCCAGACUGGGAACGAGGGAGCGAAUUAAUGUUAAAAAAAAAAAAAAAAAAAAAAAA